CAACAACCAAACAGCAGUUAUUACUGAAAACAAGGGCAAUCUUUUGAUUCUAAUUGUUGACCUCAUCUCUGGUGUCUAAGGUUAGUAUAUUGACUCAUUUCUCACUAUCUCAGAUAUACAGCAGUAACCUCAAAUUGGGGUGACCUGUUAAACAGUCCCUGAAGUAUCCUUCAGAAUUCUAGUCACUCUGUGGCUACUGGUCCCCAAAGAGGCCGUGGCUGCUGAUCACGGUGAUCCGCAUUGUCCUUUAAGGUGGUUGUGCGACCUUAAACCCAUUCACCUGUAGCCCUCCGACUCUACUCUCAACCCGACGUGCCCGGAGGGCAGGCGCGGCGGGAGCUGUUAAAAGCCGAAAGGUCAAAGGCAAAGGGCUCUUCAGUGGCGAAUGAAUGGGGAAAUCACCCCAGAAAGGGCGCAGUCUACUGCUGGUAUCGGGAAAGCGAAACUCAACUGUUAAAACCGCCGCCCCUGCUCUUUGAAAUCUCGUCUCGAGACUCGCCGGGCGUCCCAGCCCGCACUCCAGGCGGCGGCGGCCCUGGCCCACCGGCUCUGAGCCAUGUACUCUCGCAGCAGGGUGGUGGGCUCCGGCCUGGGCGCCACCCCCGCCUCCCGCCCAGCCUCGGACCCCUCUGCGCGGCGCCAGGAGCUGGGCCCGCCGCCAAGCCAGAGACGAGGUUUGGAGUCGGCCCCCGAGGACCCUCCGCGGGAGAGCUCGGAGCGCGCGGGCCAGGGACUCGUGCGCACAGGCGCAUACACCUUGAUAACACCAAAUGAAAAUCGAAGAAGCCAGUUACGAAGGAUUGCUGAGAAAGAGUUGGAAGACCUGGAGAAAUGGAAGGAGCAGAACAGAGCUAAACCAGUUAACCUGGUGCCAAGACAGCUAGGUGGAAGCCAAUCAGAAGCUGAAGUCAGGCAGAAACAACAGCUCCAACUGAUGCAAUCUAAAUACCAGCAAAAGCUAAAAAGAGAAGAAUCUGUGAGAAUCAAGAAGGAGGCUGAGGAAGCUGCAAUCCGAAAAAUGAAGGCAAUUCAGAGAGAGAAGAGCAAUAAACUAGAGGAGAAAAAGAGACUUCAGGAAAACCUCAGAAGAGACGCAUUUAGAGAACAUCAGCAAUACAAAACUGCGGAAUUCUUGAGCCGACUGGACAAAGACUUGCCAAACAGAAGCACCUGUCAAGUGGCUCUUCGUGACCCACAAUACUCAACAUGGAAACUUCCUGUCUUACCUCAGGAUAGCAGCUGGGCCAGAAGCCGGAGUUAUAAGGAUUCUCUGAAGGAAGAAGAAAACCGAAAAUUGCAAAAAAUGAAAGAUGAACAACACCGGAAGAGUGAACUAUUGGAGCUUAAGCGACAGCAAGAAGAGGAAGAAAGAACCAAAACCCGCCAAACUGAACACAGGAGGGUAAAUAAUGCUUUUCUGGACCGACUCCAAGGCAAAAGUCAACCAGGUGGCCUUGAGGAAUCUGGAGGCUAUUGGAAUAUGAAUCGUGGUAACAGCUGGGAUAUGUGAAGAAUAUUUACUUCCACCUGGCCUUCGUGAACUGACCUUGAGAAACCUCAAGAGAUGCUUUUUCUAAAUGUGAUUUUGUUCAGCCUCACUGUUUUUAUGUUGACUUCAGCUGUCCCUCUGCUCAACUCGGCAGUGGGGGCAGCUGGUUUCUUUCUCCCUGUCAUUACGUAUGCAUGUUUGCGGGAGCUGAUGACUGAACUCAUCUUUAAUCUCCAAUGCCAGCGAAAGAUUACAUUAUUUUUCUAAUUGGCUUUACCUUUUCUUGGAAGUGCAAUUACAACAAUGUUAGCAUGAUAGACAGGGAGAGGGGAUCCUUUGAUACUUUCAGGUCAGUGAGAGCUCUGGGUACAGCAGGCUUGUCUCUAAUCAGCUAAUUCUUAUCUACUUCUCAGAUCAGGUUUGGAGGAGCUUUGGGGUCCUUAUAGAUUUUUAAUUCCUGUUUUCUUAUGUCCAUACAUAAGCAGAAGAAAAAUAAAUAUUUUAUAUAUACUCUUUUAACCAAAUUUAUCAAUAAAUUUUGAGCUAUUUCUAU